UAAUUAUAAUUGUAAAGAUAGAAAUGAUACAGUAAGUUUUAUCCUAAAAGGAAAUAAUUUUAAUGAGUAUGACGUGCAUUUCUCAACUAAUAUUGAUAAAUGCUAUUUUUACACCUCUUUUAAUAUCAAUAUUUGGGAGGGAAGGUUUUAUAAUGGUGGGCGAGGGUUCUCUUUAUUAUAUCAAUGAUAUGGUGACCAUUUUUUUUAUUUUAAAUUUUGCUGACACCCUUUGUACUUUUGAAUGGUAAUACUGGGAUAUAUCGUGUUUUUCUUGAAGAUAGAUUGCGUCUUACUAAGAGUCAUUUUAGUCGUAAUUAGAUACGUGGGAAUCAUCUGUUGGUCUAAGUCCAAUGUCAACCAUCUGUUUGUAAAAUUGUCUCUGAGGAAAAAAAGGCAAAAGGGUACUUGAAAGUCAGGGAUAGGAAGAUACGUUGGUGUGGUACAAGGUUGUAUGGUUAUGGCAUAUAGGAGCAUCAACUUGGUGAUUCAUCAGGGGUCAAUGUCGCCCCAUGAAUUCCCUGUAGCUUCUCAACUGAGACCUGCAAGCUUUCAUCCGUUUUCUUCAACUUGGGUUAUUACCAAUGGAGCCCUUAAUGUGUCACCACUAAGGUGGAGCUACAAUGCUUCUUCUUGUUAUUGCUUCCGUUUGAGGGAGUGCAGAUGCAAGUGGAAACGGCUUGUCAGAAGCUGUUCCACCAGUGAGUUUGUUGUUGCCAGUGAUGAAAAUUAUGGCAACAAGCAGGUUGUUAGCCUCACUCCCCGCCUCUACGAAUAUGUCCUCAAAAAUGUUCGAGAGCCAGAGAUUCUAAGGCAAUUGCGAGGGGAGACGGCCUCUAUGCGUGGAAGUCAGAUGCAGGUGUCCCCUGAUCAGGCACAGCUGCUAGCAAUGCUUGUGCAGAUUCUUGGAGCAGAACGGUGUAUUGAAGUUGGUGUUUAUACUGGAUACUCAUCUCUAGCCAUAGCAUUAGUUCUGCCGGAAUCAGGUCGUUUAGUUGCCUGUGAAAGAGAUGCCAAAUCUCUUGAUGUUGCCAAGAAGUAUUAUCAGCUAGCUGGUGUUUCACAUAAGGUGGAUGCAAAACUUGGACUUGCAAUGGAUUGCCUAGAAUCUUUAAUUCUGAAUGGUGAAGCAGGAAGUUAUGAUUUUGCGUUUAUUGAUGCUGAGAAAAAAAUGAACGAGAAAUAUUUUGAACUGCUGCUACAGCUGGUGAGGGUUGGAGGUCUUAUUGUAAUUGAUAAUGUCCUUUGGCAUGGAAAAGUUGCUGACCCAUUGGUAUAUGACCCUAAAACUAUCAGCAUUAGAAAUUUUAAUCAAAAGUUAAUGGAAGACAAGCGUGUAAGCAUCAGUAUGGUACCUAUUGGAGAUGGGAUGACAAUCUGCCGAAAAAGAUGACCCAUUUUUUAAUAAUUUGUUGGGUCCAUUCUCUAAGGCUCCUUUUGGUAAGGAUCUGAGAACUGCAUACUAAUGAAUGUCAUUUUGGCUCCACAGGGAGGUCUUCUCUGCCACAAAUUUUGUACAGAAUAAAGGUUGUGACACCCUCUACCUCAACAUUAAUACACAAUAAGUAUAAACAAUAAUUUUUUUUUCCUUUUUGAGUAAAUAAAAUCUUUCAUAAUUGAUAACCUCUUUCAUGGAUGAAAUAUUUGUCUCAAAUAUUAUAAGGUAGAAAAUUCACAUUCGUAACUCAUAAAUUAUAGAAAGUCAUCAUGUAAGUAUAAAAAUUCAAGAAAUCAUACAAAGAAAAAUAU